AAGUCGAUAAGAAUCCAGACAUUAAGAUUACUUUGCCACUAAAUAUGCGAAAUUUUUUUUUUUAUAUCAAAAGACUAGUUUAAAAAUUAUUUAUUUUAUUACAACAGUUAGCAAACAAAAAUGUUGAAAUUAAUAUGUUUUUUUAUGAUUUUUGCAAUUGCUACAAAUGUAGUAAAUGCCUUAUUUUUCACAAAACAAAAACCUUUAGUUAAUCGAACCAUUAUUGUUUAUUCUGGCGAUUUUGAAAUGAAUAAUAUUACAACAGGUUUAAAAUUAUCAAAAGAGGAUAAUAAUCUGAAAUUUUUAUGGACGGAAGAAUUCAACAAUUAUAAUAAUUCUUUUAAGGUUUACGUAAAUUAUUUCUUUGCAAAUUCUGGAAUACGUGAAAUUAUAACUAUUCCCAAUGCGUGUGGUACUUAUAGAACUGACACUAUACAACACUUUCUUCAAAUUUUGGUUUUAAAAGGAUUUGCUGAUACUUUCACGUGUCCAAUUAAAAAGGGAGCAACGGGCAAUUUUCAAAUGCCAUUAGUUUAUUCAUACAUGACAAGAAAUCCAGCAUGUGGACCUACUUACGCAAUGUAUAAUGUAUUUAAAUUAAAUCCAAAAAAGCCUAAAAUUACUCCAGUACUUUUUGUUGCUACAUUUACAGCACAUAUAUCUGGUCCUAAUUGUUAUCCUAAAGCACAAUAUAAUAAUUUUAUUUAAUUAUUAUAUUUUAUUGAAUUAUUAAAAUUUAUUUAAUUAUCAUUAUUUAUUUAAUUAUUAUAAUUUAUUUCUAUCUAAACUUUAUAAUUUAUAACGAUUAAAUAUAUUAACAAUAAUAUAAUUU